CCUCAUUCACAGAGGCCACCUCAUUCCUCACCCCAGUAUCCCAGUAUAAAGCCUUCUGCCUCAGUUGCUGCUGGGCAGCCCAGGCUGGGAGGAGGUGGAGAAGGAGGAGGAGGCAGCCAUGGAGAGCAGCAUGAAGCCAGUGGUGGUUGAAGAGCCGGCGGACUCGGAAAAGGGCUGCUGUGGCCCUGGCUGCUGCAUGACAUGCUGCGCCAAAUGUGCCCGGUGCUGCUGCCUGCCCUCGUGCUGCAAAUGCCCCAAGUGCCUCAAGUGUCCCGGUUGCGGCAGCUGCGGCGGCUGUGGUGGCUGCAUCAAGAGGUCCAUCUGCUGCCUGCCUCGCCUGCUCUGCUACCUGCCCCGCAAGAUCCUCAAGUGCCGCAGCCUCAAGUGCCUCCUCAUCGUGGUGGUGGUGGUCAUCCUGCUGGUGGUCAUCAUCGCCGGUGCCCUGCUGAUGUGGCUGCGUGCAGAUGACAGGCAUGCUGACAACAUCCUGUGGAUGGCUGCGGAGGGGCUGCGGAGAAGACCAGCCUGGGAAGAGGAUGUGGCCACUUUCUACCUGGCCAGCGGGGAUGGAAACCCAGCCAUGGUCAUCUAUGAUUACAAGAAUCUGCUGGUGAGCUACAGAUCCUGGCUGCACCAUGCCUGCUACAUCACCCGCGUGGACAAGGACAACAUCCCAGGGUUGGACACCAUCACCAAGACCUUCCAGCGCCGGCAGGAUGAGCAGAGGCUCGCUGUGCCACUGGCUGAUCGCUCCCUCCUGGGCACCACAGCGAGCAUCCUCUGCAGCCUCAUCCCCAUCUACUGGGCUUAGCAUUGCUGGUUCGUCGCUUGCCUGGCUCCCAGCAGAUCCUGGCUUCCUUCGCCUUAAAAAUGCAUUUAAGGGCUUCGAGCGGCGUUUAGAGGAAUUUCUGCUCUGGCCACAGCCUGGGAGCUCACGGAGGCACCUGCUGAGCAUUGCUCGGCACUGGACCAACCUGAGUGGCCUCCUCCUCCUCCUGCCAACCCUGCCAGAGCCAAGGCUGUCCUGAAAAAUCUAUCUGUCCUCUCCUGCCCUGCAGAAUGGAAUAAAAAAAUAAGGGAAGAAUCAGGUCUU